GUGUUGACAGCAUCUAUGAAAAUCGGGAAGACAAACCCAAAUCUAAAACAGGGCUGAGUGAAGACCUUCUUUCCUUCUCUCUCAUUUCAUGCUAUCACAAAAUAAAACCUUAUUUUUUCCUGCCCCUCUCACGUGCACCAUAUCCUUCUGACUUUCUCUCUAUAGAUAACAUAACAUAAGAUUACCCCAAAUCCCAAUGCCCCCCCCCCCCUAACUUCGUUUAACCUCUUGGAUAUAAAUAAAUCUACCUUUCAAAAAACAAAAAAACACCUUCAUUUUAACCUCUCUGUAGAGCUGGGGGGUUCAUGCUAGAAAGCGGUUUAGUCUUUAGAGAAACUAGAAUUGCAAGAUAUAUUGUUUGGAGGUGUAGGUUGGGCUUCAGCAGAGAAAUGACACUUGAAACCCUUUCUUCCAACGACCUCUUGAACUUCGUUAUCUAUGAUACUAUAUCUGCAACCCCAUACAACAGCAAUGACUCUUUCGUGACUACUUUCUCAAUGGAAGAACAAUCUACUAGUACUGCUUUGAAUUGCUUUCCAAUGGUGACUCCUCCACAAUGCUGCCGCUCAACAGCAACGGAAGCUAUGGAGCGGAGGCCGAAUUUGGCAGUUCAAGGGAGGAAAAAGAGAAGGAGAAAGCCAAGGGUAUGCAAGAACAAAGAAGAGGCCGAGACUCAAAGAAUGACUCACAUUGCUGUUGAGCGAAACAGGCGAAAGCAAAUGAAUGAGCAUCUAGCUGUUUUACGCUCCCUCAUGCCUGAGUCUUAUGUCCAAAGGGGUGAUCAAGCAUCCAUAGUUGGUGGUGCCAUAGAGUUUGUGAAGGAGCUUGAGCACCUUCUGCAGACCCUUGAAGCUGAAAAGUUUAGGGUACUGCAACAAGUAACACCAGCUGCUGCUGCCAAUGAAGAAACCACCAACACCAACUCCAAAAUGCUAUCAUCACCACCAUUUGCACAAUUUCUUAUGCAGCCUCAGUACACCUGGUCUCAGAUCCCUAACAAAUAUACAUCAAAAACUGAGGCAUCAACAGCCGAUAUUGAGGUGACAUUGAUUGAAACUCAUGCUAAUCUUCGAAUUCUCUUGCGAAAAGGUCCCACUCAGCUUUGCAAGCUUGUUGCUGGUUUUCAAUCACUUUACCUUUCCAUCCUCCACCUCAAUGUCACAACCCUGGAUCCAUUUGUUCUCUACUCUAUCAGUGCCAAGGUUGAAGAAGGAUGCCAGCUCAGCUCCGUAGAUGACAUAGCAAGGGCAGUUCACCACAUGAUCAGAAUAAUUGAGCAAGAUGCCACUGCCUUAUGUUGAUCUAUCCAUAUCACCAAUAUGCCACCCACUUUAUUAUUAUUAUUUUUUGUGUUUCUGCAUUUCUUCUUUUUUACUGUUCUUGUAUGUAUGUAGCUUGAAUCAAUGAAAAAAUAGUGUGUUAUGAGUUUCUCGUAGGCUUGACUUUUCAGGUCGGUAUGUAAUAGAUACAAACUUUAUUACUACGUAUUGUUUUUUGUUAAAAUGCCAAUGAGAUCGUUGUUUAGGUC